AAGCGCAGAGGGGUUGCAGUACUCAGUCAGGUACAUUGUUCAUAGUUCUACGUAGUACGUGGACUACGAAGUAGUACUAGCAGCUGCACUAGUCUAGAAGUGCUUGCAUGUACAAGUUUGAUCGUUAAGCAAUGUGAUUUUGAUACUGUGGAUUUUUGUAAAAAUUUGUAAAACUUGUAGAAGGUGGAAAGGGAAAGAUGAGGCUGGUCUUUGCUCAUUCCUCGAUUGUCUUAUGGCCACUUGGCGUUUUGGGUGUGAGCGGCAUCGUUUCUCCUACUCCCGGAUUGCCGAAGACGACGCCAAAUUCAAUCCCGCAAGUAAACAGCCUAAGUGGGGGAUUAAAUCUCGAUGAUGGUGAAACCAGAAAUGCACGUAGUGCGAUGGAGAUCGCCUCCGCGAAAAAUCGUAGCUCCUCCGAGACCACUGCAAUCCCCUUAGGUCAUGCUGAUGAUGGAGCGUCAUCGUCAUCCAAGACCAAGUCUGCCGCGGCGUCUCCUGCUUCGACGUCGCCGACAGCACCUUCAGGCGAAAAAUCAGGCUUGAGCUACGGUGUAGACGCGGAUGCACGCACCUAUGACCCGUUCUGGGAGCCACGACUGCAAGACUAUUUCGAGCCUUUGCGCGAUUAUUCAGGGGUAGCGCGCACUGACGAGCUUUACCGCGGUCCGACUGCAGCGAUUCCCGAAUACGGACGAAUUACGUGGGAGGAGGUGGUGGAUCAGGUGAUUCGCGGACAGCCUAUCGUGAUUCGCAACAACACCGAUUUUUGGCCUUUUAAGGAAUUUUCGUGUCGCGACAUCGCUGAAAAAUGGCCAACCGGCGAUCUGCGGGAUGAGGCGGACCACCAGAGCCGCGUGCUGCUGAAGGAUGCACUCUUUGGCAGCCCUAGCGUCGGAACGGUUGGCCGGCCGCCUGGGAGUGCUUCCGGAUCCGCACACCAGGCUGGCGUGAAGGCACAGAAGCAUCGGGAGGAGCAUUGGCGGAUGCUAGAUCCGAGCGACGAAGGCCUACGAGAAGAUGACGUGCGAGCGGGCUCUCAAAAGACUGGUGCUUCCGGUGCAGACAAAAAGAACACGCAGCGACCGCUUUUUCAGAUCGAGAAGCAGCACAUCGCUGCUUCUUCGCAAGUGGACGUGACCAGCGCUCCCUACGUGUGGCACGUGAAAGACGAAGCACCGCUUGAAAUGAAGCGUGACUUGCAGAAGUAUUACCGCUUGCCCGACUGGGUGACUGCGGCAGAAGCCAGACGCGAUUUCAACAACAGCGAAGUGGGGGCUCCGGCAACGGUCGGCUGGGACAUGCUCAACUGGUUUGAGCUGUGGAUGUCCCCCAACACUAUCGGAGGGUCCGCUGUUUACGCACACGCAGACGGCUACCAUCAUCCCGCUGGGUCAUGGCAGUUGCGUGGCAAAAAGAAGUGGCGCAUCAUGAUGUACCCGCAAGGAGACAGCCUUGAGCACCGAUUUGACUCGAACGAUGGAGGCAUCUACGGCGUGGCCAAUCGACCUAGUUGGGAAAUGGGCGUGACGCCGGAGCAUAAACCACUAGAAUCACCUCAGGACGCCGCAAAAGACAAGAAUGUUAAUAAUGUAACAGGAGUAGGAGUAGGUUCUGCUUCUGCCAGAACAGCUUCAGUGGUAAAGGAACUAGCAGCAGCAGCAGCAACGACGGUGACGAGGCAAGCACGCAUUCUUGCGAAGAUGCCAGCACGGCAGCCGGACCAGAGAAUGCUGUGGCGCCCUGAAUAUGAGUUUGAGCUUGAACCCGGAAACAUCUUCUUGUUUCAACCUGGGUACAUGCACGAAACGUUCGUCGAGCCUGCGCUAGAAGAUCGUGACUCCUGCGCACUUGCGGCAACUUUUCUCUACUUUCUGCCGUCUCCAACAAGAUAUAUUCGCACAUUUCUUCCGAGGCUCCUCAACUCAAUCCUCCAGUACUCAACUUCUACAUUGAUACCUUAUUGCUUGUAAAAAUUAGUGUACAUCAUCACAUUCUCCGUCUCGUCUUAUCGGAGUCGUUCAUAUUUAUAUUAUAAUGAUGACGAAAUUUUUGUUUUUCAUUUACAAAACCAUGCGAUUCGGAAUCGUUUUGAAAGGUUUGCAGUGUUUCAUCUUGUUCGAUUUACGACAACGACAGGUAUGAGGAGAAUAUGCUGCCGAAAACUCUGAUGCAGUACGUUUUUUUCCAACCGAACGCACCGAAGCCUUUUCCGGUGCUGGAUGCCAAGGUGUGGGCAAAGCAAGCUGAGCAUGUUUUGGCUGCUGCGGAUUUCAACAAGGACAGACGCAUUGAGAAGACCGAGCUCACGCAGUGGGUGCUUUUGAAGAAGCCCCGACCUAGUAUCUUCCGAUUGAUUGCGGAUCGCAUGGUGCAAACGAUCUUGCCGCAAUUGAAACAGCGCAAUCUCGAUCUCUUGCGGGAAGAGAGGCUGAAAGAAGCAGAAAUGAAGAGUCCGGGCUCGACGUCUGAGAUGAACAGCAAAAUGUCAUCAUCUUUUAAUCAGGGAAAUAAAGGCGUUGUCAAGGGGCAAAUUGCAGAGCUAGUCGAAGCGGAGGCUGCGAAGCAAGCGCUCGAUGGUGGGCCGCUUAUCGUCGACGCCGAUGAGGAGGCGGAUCUUCAGGCUUCUGCAAAGAAAGAUGAUUUUGAGGCAAAAAUACAAGCUGCCGAACUGGCUGUGAAAGAAGCAGAUGCCACGAAGGCUACAUCAAGUGAAAAGACUGAUGUCAAAACUGGUGCUAAAUUUCCGGAGGAGCAGCAAUUACAACGGUCAAGAACUCUGCCGGUUCGAAUCGCGCACGACGCAGACGCCACGCGAUUACGAAUUCUCAAUGCGAAUAUCAAGGAAAUUAUCGGCUGGCAUGACGUCGAUGACGAUGGUGUGAUCACAGCAAGUGAAAUUUACCGUUCUGUGGCUCAGCUACACAUUCUAGCGCAUAGAGCCAUGCGGCAGACCGUAUUUCUUCAAACGGAGCGUGCAACAGACCCGUAUGCUGUUCCAUCGUGGUUGGUCCGAAAAUGGCACACGCAGGACAAUUCCAUAUACGGAAGGUACCGCAAAGGAAUCAGCAUACCUGCAGUUCAACCAGCGAAUCCAAGAACAGCAACCUUGGAUGCGUCUCCAAAAGCAACGGGAGAGCAGCCGGACCAAUCAUUGAACAAGAACAAUAACCAGCAUGAUGAAGAAGAGCUCUAAGAAUAUAUCUAGAGAUAAUGAUGAAGAUCAAUUGAAAGAAACCAUUUAGAGUCGCAUAGGGAUAGGCAUAAGACGACAACGAUACAUUAACGGAAUGUGAGGGUUUUGUCUACAGAUACUUGAACUAUGGAUCAUUAGCGAACUUUUCAUAAUCCAUCGUACGCAGCCUCAGCCAGUACGCCUACGCCUACCGACGUAUACUAUAAAAAUAAUGGCCCAGCAGCGGUACAG